AUGGCUUCCAGGCACGAACGAGACAACCGGGGACCUGAACUACAGGCGGUAUGCUCAACCUUCGUCUCUCUAGCCUUCAUAGCCACCGUCCUACGAGUUUACGCGCGAGCGCGCGUCGUUAAAGCCUUCGGAGCCGACGACUGGUGGAUGGUGGCAGCAUUAUGUAGCCAUGUAAUGUUCGCCACUUGCGCAAUCGGUGGUAUUCACUAUGGCACUGGGCGCCAUAUGGAUACACUUUCGGGUGAACAACAGUUUAAAGCAAUGCGCUACUGGUGGCUCUGCUACAUCGCAUACUGCUGGGCGAUGAUUACAUCCAAGGUGUCCAUUGGCCUGUUCCUCCUGCGUGUCACUGUCAAAAAAAUACACCAGUACAUCAUCUACGCUGCGAUGGGCCUCACGGUCCUCUGUGGACUGGUCUUCUUCUUCGUCACCCUCUUCCAAUGCCACCCAAUCAGCUUCUUCUGGAACAAAAGCAUCGAUGGAGGAACUUGCAUAGACGUAGACAUCAUUAUUGGUCUUACGUUCCUAUACAGCGUAAUCUCGGUCAUCAGUGACUUCACUUUUGCCAUUCUACCCUUCUUCCUCAUCUGGGGCUUGAACAUGUCGGUCAAGACAAAGGUUUUGCUGAUUCCCAUUCUCGGCAUGGCUUGCAUUGCUAGUGUAGCAGUCUGUGUGCGCAUGGGCUACGUCAUGGAUUUCAGGAACCCCGACUUCCUCUGGGCCACCGUCGACAUAGCAAUCUGGUCCGACAUUGAACAAGGUCUGGCCAUCACAGCUGGCUCGCUCGCUACUCUCCGUCCCCUCUGGCGACAAGUUUCCGAGAAAUUUGGAUUUUCAAACUCAUCGUUCGGCCCUUCAGGUCCGCGAACACCACAAUGGAACAACGACCCAAACAGAGAGCUGAAGAAGAAGCCCAGCUUCUUCAGCAUGACAAUGUCUUUGCUGAAGACUGAGAAAGGAACACCCAAGUCAGAGAUCGACGAGUACUACGGAAUGGGCAACCUUCAGCCAGUCCGGCUACGCGACGAUCUAUCCACAGAGAACGAGAAAACCGACAAGGUGUUCAAUACUUGGAAAAUCAAGGGAGGAAGCAAGGUGUCUGAUGAGGAAUGCCGGAUUGGCGAAAUCACUUUGGAGACACACAUCAACCAAAAAACCGAGAUACGGUAG